AUGGCAUCCAAGAAGUCUGAGGAAGCUGUUGCUACAGACUGUGGUGAGUUUGAUGAAGCCAUACGGGCAUAUCAUCGCCUGAUGGAUCUUAAAGAAAAAUGGACGGAUGUAGAGGUUCUGGCCGUUCUAGUGAAGGGUGUUACAGGGGAAUACAGUAGUCCUCAGGGGAAUCCUAUCAGUCAGUAUAAAACCAGGCUACUGGAACUGUUUGGUAGAAUUACAGCAAAAGUGCCAAGUAAUGGGGAGAUAUGGAGGUUGUAUGCUGAGCUGACAAACAGUUUGGAGACCCAGACUCCUGAAACACAACAAAAGGUCUUGCAGUAUCUUCAAAAAUCACAAAGAUGUUUGACACAGGAAAUGAACUGGGAGAAGUCAUUAGACAAAUGUAAAAGUGUUGGGGAGCAGUCAUUGGAACUAGCUGAUUUGUAUCUAGGAUUCAGCAGUAAAGCUACAGAGGAAUCACUGCCUCUUCUCCAGUCAGCUAAAAUGAUGCUAAAAAGUGUACAGGCCAAAAUCAAGCUGACUCAGACAGACCCUAUCUCUGACUCCAUACCUUCUGAAGACCUCAGGGAACUAGUCAACAAAAUGGAGGAGAAGUUUCAAAUCAUCAUCGCACGUGUUAAAGAACUGAGACAUUGAAAUAUUGUAUUUAU